UUCGUUAAGAAUGAACAUCAAUAGUUCUUCAGUUUUGUUCUUGGUAGUUUUAGUAGUUUCUGAAGUUCACUCAUGGAAUUUCGUUUCAUUGGGGUUGAACGACACAACCUAUCGAUUGAUGCACGUUUCCACGUACUAUAUCCGGGCUUUUGUGUGCAUCGAAACACAAUCCAAAUACCAUCCAACUUUGGUGGAGUCUUAUUGGCCUGAGAAUUUCUUCGCUCUAGCACCAAAAGUGUUUCCCAAUAAACUUGCCCACAGGAGACGAGACAAGUCUAAAGAUUGCAACUUAAUUCAACAAGCUAUGCUCACCCAGAUAGACAGCUGGAACAGAUUAUGGAUGUUGGAUAAGGGCAGCCGGUCAUGUAAGCCAAAAAUUAUAGUUUACGAUCUUCUGAGAGAUAACCUUGAGGUCUUUCGAAUUGAAAUCGAUCAAUUUAGAGGAAACGAAAUCAUAACAAUGAAACUUGGUCCAACACCCACAUGCUGUCAGGUCGAAGAGAAGGCCUACUUUGUCGUUGCUCAUAAGCCCUAUCUCCUAACGUUCGACUUGCUACGACACACCUGGCAGAAGUUACCAAUCUCCAGUCGGAAAUACGACAACAUUCAACAAUCAUUUCCUGUCCAUCCCAAAGAUAUAGCAUUUGGCUAUGGCAAUCAAUUGUUAAUUGGUGAACAAUGUGGCAAACUGUUUUUGGCCAAUUCGCGAGGCAAUGGAACUGAAAUUCAGGCGGAAUUUAUGGGAAAUCUAAUUGGAUCCCCGCAAGGGAUGAUUAUCGAUGAUGUUGGCAUAAUGUACUAUUUGGUGCCAAAGUUUGGAGCAGUGAUAAGGUGCUUCCCCAGAAUGGGUCUAUCGACGGAAGAUAAUGAGAUUUUGUCAUUGAGUUCGUUGCCAAUAAAACAGAUAUUUUUCGGAGUUCAAGGAUCUGUAUGGCUAGCCAGUGAGACACCGAUAUUUGCCUACGAUCAUUGUCAUCGUUUGGUGGAAAAUACUAGGGUGGCUGGUGGUUAA